AUGGCUUUGAAUAAGAUUCUGUAUGCCCAGGAAAACCAACAGUUUGAUGUGCUGGUCUAUCAGUGGAUGAGCCAGGUCAUCGAGAAGUAUGCAGAAGUGGUGACUACGCAGCAUUUCCUGGGGAUGACCUAUGAGACCUGGCCCAUGUACUACCUGAAGAUCAACAAACCAUCCAACAGUCCCAAGAAGAUCAUUUGGAUGGAUGGAAUUCAUGCCAGAGAAUGGAUUGUCCCUGCUUUUUGCCAAUGGUUUGUGAAAGAAGUAAGUCAGAACUAUGAUAAAGACAACACAAGGAUAAGCAUGUUCCUUAAGGGGCUGGACUUCCAUGUGCUUCCAGCUUGGGCAAUGGUAUGGACGCUGUGCUCGGAUCCUCUCUGGAGGAAGACCCGCUCAUCCCAUAAUAAUGGCACAUGCUUCAGAACAGAUCUCAGUCAAAAUGUCAAUGUCUCCUUGUGUAGUAAGUCCUGCUCACACAUCACAAACUGCCAAGAUUUAAUGUCCUGUGGAAUAGAACCAGUGUCAGAACCAGAGACUAAAACAGUCUGCAGCAUUAUAGGAAGCAAGGAAAAAGACAUCCUGUGAUUCCUGACCAUGCACUCUUAUGGGCGGCUCACUCUCACACCAUAUGGCUACACCAAAAAUAAACCAAGUAACUACGAAGAACUAAUUCAAGUUGGACAGAAGGGCAAUGCAUUGAAAGCAAAGCAUGGAACCAAUUAUAGAGUUGGAUCGAGUGCAGAUAUUUUAUAUGCUGUGUCAGGAUCCUCAAAAGACUGGGCUCCAGAUCUGGGGAUCUCCUUCGCAUACAGAUUUGAGCUGAGGGACAAUGGUACCUGGGGUUUCCUUCUGCCUGAAGCUCUCAGUCAGCCCACAUGUGAGGAGACCAUGGAAGCAAUACUCUCAGUCCUUGAUGGUGUGUACAAGAAUGACUAACUCACCAACAGUGCCAGGGAGGGGACAGCCACGAUCUUGGCACUGACCUGA